AAAAGAAAGGAGGGUUCCAUUUCAAGCAUUGUGUGCGUAAUCCAUUACCCAAAUAUAUAACCUUCCCUUCCCUCGUUUGAUGGCCGUACGGCCAUUUCACUUCUUUGUUUCCUUCCGCCACCACCACAACCAUCGCCUCCUCUCUCCUUUUCCGGCCACCUCUUCUCUCUUCCCCUCUCUCCUCCGUCAGUUUUCCUCGAAAACUCCGUCGCUCUCUCUCACCCGACAGAAACACAAAUCACCUUCUUCGUUACCUCCGCCGUCACCGUCAUCUCCUUAUCUUCAUCGACCGUCGGCGACUUUAUCCGAAACCCUGGCGCAGAAAAUAGGGAAAUCUAUUCGGCGUCCCGGUGCGCCGUCCAAGGCCCGGGUUUAUACGGACAUCAAUGUGAUCCGACCCAAAGAGUAUUGGGAUUAUGAAUCCCUUACUGUUCAAUGGGGAGAGCAGGAUGAUUACGAGGUGGUAAGGAAAGUCGGGAGAGGAAAGUACAGCGAGGUGUUUGAGGGAAUUCACACUACUAAUAAUGACAAAUGCAUCAUCAAAAUCCUUAAGCCUGUCAAGAAGAAAAAGAUCAAACGUGAGAUUAAGAUACUGCAGAAUCUUUGUGGUGGACCUAAUAUUGUGAAGUUACUCGAUAUUGUCAGAGAUCAGCAAUCGAAGACCCCAAGCCUUAUAUUUGAAUAUGUGAAUAACACAGAUUUUAAAGUGCUGUAUCCUACUCUUUCCGACUUCGACGUUAGAUAUUACAUCUAUGAGUUGUUAAAGGCAUUAGAUUAUUGCCAUUCUCAAGGUAUUAUGCACCGUGAUGUGAAGCCCCAUAAUGUAAUGAUUGAUCAUGAGCAGCGUAAACUUCGGCUAAUAGAUUGGGGACUUGCAGAAUUUUAUCAUCCUGGAAAGGAAUAUAAUGUCCGUGUGGCUUCUAGAUAUUUCAAAGGUCCUGAACUACUUGUUGAUUUGCAAGACUACGACUACUCGUUGGACUUGUGGAGUCUUGGUUGUAUGUUUGCAGGAAUGAUAUUCCGGAAGGAGCCUUUCUUCUAUGGGCAUGACAAUCAUGAUCAACUUGUGAAGAUUGCGAAGAUUCUGGGGACAGAUGAAUUAAAUUCUUAUCUAAACAAGUAUAGAUUGGAAUUAGAUCCUCAUCUUGCAGCCCUUGUUGGACGACAUAGUAGGAAACCAUGGUCGAAGUUUAUUAGUGCUGAAAACCAACAUCUCGCAGUCCCUGAGGCGGUUGAUUUUGUUGACAAACUGCUCCGCUACGAUCAUCAGGAAAGACCAACUGCAAAAGAAGCAAUGGCUCAUCCAUAUUUUUAUCCUGUACGAAAUGCUGAAAGCAGUAGAACCCGCACUCACUAAAAGAUCUAGCAUCCAAUGGACCAAGUUCUCUGGUGACAGCCAAUUAUUGUGAACGCUUCUUCUGGUUGAGUUGCUGGUUAUACUAGGUAGUUCUCUGUAUACCAGCUUCUUGUUAACUGUAUUAUUUCUUUUAGCUGUGUGAGACCUGGAAGAAUGAGCAAAAUUCAAUUUGUUUUCUCCUUUCCUGGUUUACUUUCCCUCUUAAUUUAUUUUCCUUUCUCUUAUUUUUUGUGCCUCUGAAGUAUAACUAUAUGAAUUCGUUCAGAGUGUAAUAUGUGUUCUUGAAACAUUAAGAAAUAUUGAGCAGAUGGAUAGUAUCUCCAAAAA